UCCGUCUGAAGGGUGGGGGAACGGGGACAACCAGGACAACCAGGAAGUUAAACGGAGGAGGAAACGUACUCGCUCGGUGGAGAUUCAAACUUUCCGCGUCCUUUGAAGGGUUUUAAGAACUUUUAAACUAUAGCGUCAACUUCGAAGCGAGUCGACUCACUGGCCUCCGGUCAGAGGGCGUUUUCUCCAACAGUAUGGACAUCGACGCGGAGCUUGGAGGAGUGGCAGCAGCACCAGAGCCCCAGGACAAGGUGCAGGCCUUGAAGGAUCAGGUCGAUGGAGUGAAAAACAUCAUGACGCAGAAUGUGGACCGGAUCCUUGCCCGAGGAGAGAGACUGGACGACCUCAUGGGCAAGUCGGAGGACCUGCAGGCAGGGGCUCAGCACUUCAAGCAGACGUCGCAGAAAGUGGCUCGCUCUUACUGGUGGAAGAACGUCAAGUUGGUCGUGGUCAUUGUGGUGGUCGUGCUCAUCAUCAUCCUCAUUAUCAUCCUGCUGGCCACUGGGGUCAUCCCUGUCAGUGCUCCCUUGCCUCCUGUAGUCAAUCCCACCAUCAAGCCAUAAUCACAAACAUAUGUUCAUACAUAGACAAGGAAAUUAUAAACAAACAAUAUCCCUAUUUUGUACAGUAAACAAAGUAAUAUAUAGACUCGAGCAAAUCAAUGCUGUUUGGUGAAACCUGUACUUCUUAGUUUGUUUCUUCUUGCAACUCUAAUGAUGACAUUGGAAUUCAAGGAAUUCAUGCUUUGGUUUAAGGCACUGUAAAGACACAAACUUUUCAACACAAUUCCAACCAUUGAUUUUGUGAAAUUAAACAUAAUUCACUAUAAAAUCUGAGGUGUUCACCUGACAGCAGAAAAAAACGAACAGCUGGCACCGUUUUCAUAGGACGUUUCAAUGAAGCACUGUCAGUUCUUUGACCGUUUCAACAGUUAUUUCCUCCUGGCAAAUACAAACUCACUUUAGUGUGUAGAUGGAAAUGAUGAAUGUGGAUUCAUCCAGUCUCUUUCUAGACAUUCUGUUUGUCAUUUAAGGGCACUACAAAGGACAGUUUGUAUAGUUUAAAAGAUGAAAAAUGCAGUGUCUUUUUGACACUGGAGAAAUGCACCAAGCACAAAUCUGUAACAAUUUUAGGUCACAACAUAUUUAAUGAAAUGCUGAAUUGUUUGUUGGAUGUGUCUGUUACCAUUUGUGGGUGUAUUCCAUUUAAAAUGCUUCCAGCUUCUUUGUAUUCAGACAUCUGGGAAACGAAAUAUUUAAUUAAUGUAUGCACAUGUUAAUUCUUUAGCUACUUACCUGGUGUUUGGGGAGAUGUUUCUGCUCUAUCAAUAGUUUGCAGUCAAAGUUACAAAACUAUUUUUAUGCACAAAAACAGUUAUCGCAGGAUGAAAACUACAUAAUGGUGAAAUAUUUAUGAGUGCGUUGAGGUUCAAAAUACCAGAAGCUGCUGUGAUACAGAAUCCAGGAGUUUAAUCCAAAAUGUACAUGACACCAGAGUUUGAUUUAGGCCAUGAAAGUGAAGACAAAAAAAAAAUUGAAGGAAAAGCAGUGUAGCAUUCCCUGUUAGGGGAAGGGAUUUGUAUAUUUGUGUGUUGCGGUAUCAUCAGCAUUUUUAAACUGAUCAAGUUAAUUCUUUCCCUCACUGUCUUAAUUCUAGAAAUAUUGCAAUUUGAUAGGAGGGUCUCCAUGGUGACCUGUCAGAGGCCUGUUCUAGUGUCUGAGGAUCAUGCUCCUCCAGCCAGCCAGCAGAGAGAGAUCAUUUACAGACCCCCUAUGCCCCCCCUGGAGCCCAUGUCAAACAACAGGCCCUCAACAGUCACCUCAGUUUACAACUAGAAAAAUUAUAAUCCAAAACACAUGGUAUACAUUUUUCAGAAUAAGAGUCUGCUACAAAGAUCUAGUGUGUUUCACCUCCCACCUCGCCCUGCUGUUAGAGUACCAGCUUCAAAGAGGUCCAAAUGAUGCCCAUUAUGACCUGAAUAUACUCAACAUCUUUCACAUCUAUUAUGAAAAACCUUUGUUACUCAUGUUAAUUUUUUUCAUGUGAUUUUCAUAUAAACAAAUACUCCAAACUGGUUAAUUAUAGUAUAUUAGUAUAGUUCAAUUACUCUGCUGUUCAAUCAAAUGAGGAAGAGGCCCUUUUAGAACAAAUUCCUCAUUGUUAUUCCCCCCUCAAAGCUGCAAUAGACCAAUUUUUUUAAACUAAUACUUGCCUGAUCAAUGCUGUGCAAGAUCACAGUUGUAUUUCUGUUCAUAUGGGCUCCUCUGCUGCAGGUCUUUCACUGUAGAAGGUUUUGUACAAUGGCAUUUAACGGUUUUAAUGGUCUGAUAUAAAAUAAAUAUAAUUUACUCCAA